CUCAAAGGGAGCCCUUCGCUCAUGUGGUUUGUUUAUCUAUGUCACUGCUUGCUGCCGCUGUUGGCCUGGACAUCCGUCAGCGCCAUUAUCGCGUCGCCGUCCUCAUCCACCACGUCCAUCGAUGCCGACGCAGCAGACGCACGAGACGCACCAGACGCCGCAGGGGGCGAUGCAGCAGCAGCAGCAGGCGGACCAGCGGCCUGUGACUGCGGCUGAGACACAGCGUCGAACGUCGACGCGGCACCACCGCCGUCCUGGUGGGGCAUGGGCUGGUCGUCGUCUUGGACAUCCAGGCCGUCGUCAUCGUCUGCCUCGUCGUUGCCCCCAUCCCCCCCAACCGCCCCGAUGCCCCCUGCUGGCGGCUGUGAUGGUGGGAUGGGGAUGGGCUCACUCUCCUCCCGGGGACCAACCUCCAGCAACUCGUCCGCUGUCACAAAACUGACGACAUUGCACACACAGAGGGAGAUGGGUUUGUAUCUGUCUGUCUGUCUUGCUGGUUGAUGGCAGGACUGACGGACCGUGGUUUGUUGGUGCCUUCGGCGGGGUCGAAUAUUUCCAUGGCCUUAGUGAAGCUGAAAGUAAUGCGUGGGCUGCUCUUGAGUCGGCGGACGAAGUCGCGCAGCGCCCGAAUGGCGUCGUGGUGCCGUUGUCCCCUCAUGCAGAGCCGCACGAAUGAGCCCUCGUUGGUCUUGCCGACCCACACCAGCUGCUCGCUGUCGUGAGACGUCAACCACAUCAAUGCUACGUGACCCUGUAGGAUGGCAGGGAUGCACACACCCAUGGAUGGAUGGAUGGAUGGAUGUGGGUGGAUACCUACCUGUCGUGCGACGGCUCGCCCGACGAACACGAGUCCCAUUCUGUUCUGCAGCACGUCCUGCACCGGCGGCAGGUCAGUCGUCAGGAAUGCAACCACCUGGUAGUUCUUGAUCCUAUUGACGCACGCAGAGAGAGAGAGAGAGAGGCAAAUUGACGAAGGGAUCUGGUGUCGUGUAUCGGCUGCCUGGAUGGCUCACUCGGCAACGGCAGCCUGCAGCAUGAGGCACGGCACAAAGGUCGAGAAAUGGUUGAAACGAUCCAGCAAACGCACCUGCUACACACACGCAUACACACCCCAGACAGACACAAGAGCAGCAACGGUACACAAAAGUGGGCGUGUAUUAUAUAUGUGGUUGGUCGGUCACCUUCUCCGGGUCCGUGGAGCAGAUGUGCACAGCGGGGUCCCGCUGGCCGAUGUCCGCGGCCUCCACCCAGGCGGCGUUGUUGCCUUUGCGGAGAGCGGGCGAGACGAAUUUGAGCCGCCCGCCCUCAUUGUCGUCCUUGAGGGGCUCGAUCGACUGAACGCUUGACCGUGUCUGCACCUGGUGACCUGACACGACCACACACACAGGCAGAGACAGACAACGAAUCAUGGAACGGUUUCUCACUCGUGUGUGUGCGAAUGUAUGUGAGGGUGGAUGACCGACCGAAGAAUCGAUAUUGCGCUAUGGUCUCCGGCAGGGUGAGCAGUGUCUUGUACUGCAGGCCAGCCAUGUCGAAGUCAUCGUCACUUAUCGACACACGCGUGUCGUACCACAACCUGGUAUAUCCCACACAACACACACACAUUCGUGGCUGCCAGCCCCUCUUGUCUGGCCGCCGAUAUAUCGCGUCCGUCGCUUUAAGACCUAAGGAAUUGGAAGAACAGCGCCCAUCUGCACCAAUCCCACUCCUGCUCGAGCACCCAAGCCGCCCUCUCCCACGUACGCGACCGCGAAAACGCCCCGAACGGGGCGAACCGCCGCUUAGGGUGGGCGCUGACUCGGUGGCGGAAGAACAAGGCGUCGCUGGACAGGAUGCGGUAGAGUUCACGGCAGGAGGUGCGCAGGGCCAGGCAGCCUUGGACCGACACGUGCAUGAAGCACGCGUGCAGCUCGUGAGCACCUAACCCCUCCAGCAGCUUGUCAGAUCCUAACAGAUACACGCAGCAGACCAGACAGGGAGAGAGGGGACUUGACGUGCAAGAUGCAUGCGGGCAGCCGUGCCAUGUCCGACAGACUACCCUUCCAUCACGCCUCUCAUGUUGCUCCCUUAGCUACGUCUGGCUGCCUUGUCUGCCUCAGCUGCUGCCUGCCUGUCCUUCUUCCCAAAAGCCCCCUGGUACCUGGGACAGUGAUGGUGGUGGUGUUGUUGAGCGUCGACGCCUGUGUGCCGGUCUCCAUUAUUCCUCCUAUAGCAGCACAGCACGCACCCUAGACUCGCUCAAGGCGUUACCCAACGCAGCAGCAGCGCCAACGAAUUAUGAAAUGGCCAUCGCAGAGCUUCCGCCCUCGAAGGGCUCGUGCGAUGGCAAGCGAAAGAAAAAAUGGAAUGCAGGCAGUCAGGGGAGCUUGUCAGGCGUCCACCUAAGCGGCCUG